AUGGCCGAUGAAACUCCACACCGAGCUACCCCAGAUCCCAUCGAGAAGGAGAAAGAGAGUCCGACACAGGAAGACACACCACCACCACCUCCAGUGACGGUGCCCCUACCAACACCACCAGUGGCGGCUGAGGUGGAGUCUGUUUCGGUAACUGAGAAAGAGACAUCACUUCCGACACCACCAGUGAUGGCGGAGGCAGUGUCUGUUUCCGUGACAAAAAAAGAGACACCUCUAGGGCCAGAAUUAGACCCGCCAGUGAAAACUUCAACUACCCGUGAUGAAGUUAUUGAAUCAGAGAGAGAAAAAUCAACAGAACCAAAGAAAAUUCCUGUGUCUUUGGUUUCUUUCAAAGAAGAGAGCAACAUAGCGGCAGAUCUCUCUGGUUUUGAGAAAAGGGCACUUGAUGAAUUGAAGCAGCUAGUUCAAGAAGCCCUCAACACCUACCAAAUUGCCAGCCCACCGCCAUUACAAACCCAAAAAACUCCAGCUGAACCCACAAAUCUCUCUGCAGAAGCUCCACCACCAACACAUAGCGAAACCCCCACCACGGAAUUGCAGAGUACCAAAGAAAAACAACCGGAAACGUUAGAUACUGAGACUACAACAUUGCCCGUAGAAAUCUGUAUUUGGGGUGUGCCACUUCUUAAAGAUGAUAGGAGUGAUGUGAUCUUGCUCAAGUUCUUGAGAGCCAGAGACUUCAAAGUGAAAGAUGCUUUUGUGAUGCUCAAGAACACUAUUCGCUGGAGAAAAGAGUUUGGCAUUGAUGAACUAAUCAACGAGGACUUAGGUGAUGAUCUUGAAAAGGUUGUUUUUAUGCAUGGUUUCGAUAAGGACGGUCACCCGGUGUGUUACAAUGUCUAUGGGGAGUUUCAGAACAAGGAGUUGUAUAAUAAGACUUUUGCUGAUGAGGAAAAGAGAAUGAAGUUCCUGCGGUGGCGGAUUCAGUUCUUGGAGAGAAGUAUUAGGAAGCUUGAUUUCAGUCCUGGUGGAAUUUGCACUAUCUUUCAGGUUAGUGAUCUCAAGAAUUCGCCAGGGCCUGGGAAGAGGGAGCUAAGUAUUGCCACUAGACAAGCCUUACAAUUGCUCCAGGACAAUUAUCCCGAAUUGGUCGCUAAACAGGUGCAUUGA